CUGCCUCUUCCUUUUUCCCCCAUUAUUCUAUUAAAACAGAUAAAUUAUUACGAGGGAGUCGACGAAAUAAGUAUAUUAAGCGUAUUCUAAGAUGAAACAAACGGAUAUUCAGUUUUAGGAAAUGUGGAGAGUUCCCCCCCACAACGCAAACAAACAGACCCAAUGCUGCCGAAGCUGUUCCUUGACAACCUCCACAAUCAUUUUUGCUGCCCUAACAUUCACAAUUACAUGAAAACUUUUCCCACCGAAUUCGUCGUUUCUCGUUAGAGAAUCAGUCUGUCUCUCAAUCUUGUUCAAUCUGAAAAAAAGAAAAGAAAAAAGAUUUUCUUUUUCUUUUCGAGAUUUCAAGAAAAGAGAAAAUACAGAGAUGGCUGAUACUGAAUUAGUAGUAUCUUCAAUAUCAUCAUCAGCAGCAUCUACGAUCCAUGAUACAUUUUCAACCUCUUCUUCUUCAGCUUCAUCAUCGUCAUCAUCUUCUUCGUCGUCAGUUUUCACCAAUUACCCUCUUAUUUCAGCUUUAAUCGCUUUUGCUCUUGCCCAAUCUAUUAAGGUCUUCACUACCUGGUAUAAAGAAAGACGUUGGGAUUAUAAGCAACUUGUUGGGUCUGGUGGGAUGCCGUCGUCGCAUUCUGCUACAGUUGCUGCACUUGCUAUGGCUAUUGGAUUUCAUGAAGGCUUUGGAGGAUCGUUGUUUGCCACUGCAAUGAUCUUAGCAGCUGUUGUGAUGUAUGAUGCAUCUGGUGUUCGAUUACAUGCUGGACGUCAAGCUGAGGUAUUGAAUCAAAUUGUAUUUGAACUUCCGGAAGAACAUCCUCUGGCCGAUACCAGACCACUACGUGAACUUCUUGGCCACACUCCUCCUCAGGUAAUCGCAGGUGGGCUGCUAGGAUUUGCUACAGCAUUUUUUGGCCACUUGAUUACCCAAACUGUCGGUAGUCAAACUUGAUUCGUGCAAAUCUCAUCUGGUAGCGUCUUCAAGCCUUGACCACCAAUUGUCUUUCAAGUAAAGGAAUGAAAUCAUAAAUCUUAUACAUGACUUGGUUAUUUCAUCUACAAUAUAAACUCAUAAUCUGUAAUUUUGUCAAUAAUUACGGUGUACUCUGCAUGAAAUUCUCCUAGCUCAGUAUGUGCGAACUUUCUAUGGUCUAAAA